AGCUGCUUCUCCAGCUUACCAGGACGGGGGCAGGGUGGCUCCCAAGAGCAAAGGUGCUAGUUGGAACAGGGACUAUUCUCUGCCUAGGUGCCCAGACCACUGAAUCCGCCCGCCAUGGCAGGGGAGACCUUCCCUUUCACAUCCUCCACAAGGCGUGCUCUCCGCCUACAGAGAGAGUGGCUGGAAUGGGAGGACAGGAGACGGGCUGCCGCUCAUCGCUGUCUAAGUCAGAGGUACCUCUCUGGUUCCCAGGCUCGGUUCAUGAGGACCCGCCGCUCCUGCCGAGCCCCAGCUGUCCACAAUGCCCUGUUCUCUGGGGACCUACAGCAGGUUCAAAUCCUGUUCCAAGAUGAAGAGGCUGCCAACAUGAUUGUGGAGACUAUAAGCAACCAGCUGGCCUGGUCAGCAGAACAGGGAUUCUGGGUGCUGAUUCCAAAGACCAAGCACACAGCACCUCUUACCAUCGCUGUGGCCAGAGGCUACAUAGACUGCGCCCGGCACCUUAUCCUUCAGGGGGCUGAUGUCAAUGCCCGGAUUGGAGGUCAUGCUGCCUUGCACGAGGCCUGUGCCCAAGCCCAAACUGACUGUGUUCGGCUGCUGCUCACAUUUGGUGCCAAGGCUAAUGUGCUGUCUGAGGACGGUAUGACCCCCUUGCACCUCUGCACAGCUCCUGAAUCCUUGCAGUGUGCCAAGUUGCUGCUAGAGGCUGGAGCGUCUGUGAAUGAGGCAUCACAGGAAAGUGAAGUCACACCCCUGCAUGUGGCUGCAGCUCGUGGCCUGGAGCAACACGUGGCUCUCUACCUGGAGAACGGUGCAGACGUGGGCCUGCGCACUAGCCAGGGCGAGACUGCCCUGAAUGCAGCGUGCGCUGGAGCAGAGGGGCCAGGUAGCUGCCGACAGCACGAGGCAGCAGCGCGACAACUCUUGGAAGCCGGGGCUGAUCCCCAGGCUGCAGGUCGCAAGCGCCACACACCACUACACAACGCCUGUGCUAACGGCUGCGGAGGCCUGGCUGAGCUGCUGCUGUGCCACGGGGCCAGCGCUGGAGUCACCAACGGGGCAGGCCACACACCCAUGGACUGCGCUCUGCAAGCUGUACAAGAUGCCUCCAACUGGGAGCCCGAGGGCCUCUUUGCAGCCCUGCUGGAUUACGGGGCCCAGCCUGUUCACCCUGAGAUGCUGAAACACUGUGCCAACUUUCCUCGGGCCCUGGAAGUCCUGCUUAAUGCCUAUCCAUGUGUUCCUGCCUGUGAUACCUGGGUGGGGGCCGUGCUUCCAGAACUGUGGCAGGAACAUGAAGCCUUCUACAGCUCAGUCCUAAGUAUGGAAAACCAGCCAAGACGGCUGCAGCACCUGGCCCGCCUGGCUGUUCGUGCUCAGUUGGGUAGCAACUGUCGGCAGGCUGCCACCCAACUCCCACUGCCCCCGCUGCUGAGAGACUACCUGCUGCUGCGUGUGGAAGGACAGAUCCAGUGAGCUCUGAGCAGGCCACUUCUGUUUCUGUCUGCUCCUCUACCCAGCUCUGGAGAGCCAGCCCCUCCCCUUCCCUUCGCACUCGAUUGUCCCUCCACCUGCUGCUCUUCAGGCCUUCUCAGCCUGUCCCCAAAGAAACCGUUCACACACUCACUGGUGUCUAAGUAGACCCAUGGCCUCUUUAUCUACCCAAGCUACAAGCAAACAAUCCCAGGCACAGGUCUUCCCUUGCCUCCCAUGCGCCUACUCAGGCCCUUUCAUCACGGCAGGCCCGCAGUUGGAGUUGACAGCAUAUCCCUGUAACCCCAGUACCCAGGAAGCUGAGCCAGUAGAAUUGUGAAUUCAAAGCUAGCAAGAUCGUGGCAGGGCAUAGGGGGUACCCUGCUUCUUUGCUUUCUUCCUAGCCCAGCUCUGGAUAGAACUAAAAGGAAGGGUUGCUAUGAUUGUUUUUCUCCCAAUACUAGGAAUGGAACCCAGGACUUGGUACAUGCCAAGCAAGUGUCCCAGCAUACAGUCACACCUCUAUCUCUUAAUGAAGCCCAUGUCUUGAAUGGAUGCUAGAAUAAUUUUUUUUUGCUUUGUUUUUUUUUUUUCAAGACAGACUUUCUCUGUAUAACAGCCCUAGCUAUCAAACUCACAGAGUUCUGCCUGCCUCUGUCUCCUGAGUGCUGGUAUUAAAGGUGUGUACCACCACCUGGCCACCUGAGACAUUUAUGAUGUAUUGUCCCUUACUCCCAAGUGUAACAUGGUAUCUUAACUGGCAGUCAUUCUAGAACAGCUUCGGGGGCCCAGAAAGCUAGGCUAUCAUUUCUUACUUAUUCUGGUCUUAGAAACGAAAAGGCAUGACCACUCACCUGUAGGAGGAGACUUUUCAAGGCAAAUCAGUUUUAUGGAUGCCAAUAAAUAAUUUGUUCACAGAA